AUGUGGGCAUUGACAAAAGCCUUUGGCAUCUGGCCAUGCCUCUUCAUCGCCUUCGCAGCAUCAGUGUCAGCUGUCUGCGAGUGCGGCUUCUCCGUUGCCGUUGACCCCGUAGGUGACAGUUCUUUCAGCGUCUUCACCGAGCUCUUCGAGACCGACUUCCUCCACUCUACCAACCUGGCGGAUGCGCACUGGUUACGGCAGCAAUACAGUGUAAACUCAAGCGACUCACGUGGCCCAUACGGCAAGAACUUUACAACGUCGGACGUUGUCACCAACCCGCUCAAGGAUCCUUACUCGUGGGCUGGUGACAGCAUCCAUGGAGGCGACGCUGGUCUGCAGCUCUGGGCACGCGAGCCCAUCAAUAGCAUGAUUCCGGCCGCUGAGAUCUCUGCCAACCGCACCGAUAUCCUGUAUGGCAGUUUCCGUGUAGGGAUGAAGAUGUCGAAAGUCAAUGGGACUUGUGGAGCUUUUUUCUGGUUCCGCAACGACUCCCAAGAAAUCGACAUGGAAUUCCUCUCCUCCGAAUUCCACCUCCCCUCCAAUCCCAACACCGGCGCCGUCAACCUCGUCGUCCAAACCCCGGCCUCCCUCCAAGCCGGCUACGACGCCUCCGGCACGCCCGACUUCGUAGAGUCCAAUCUUACCUUCUCCCCCGACACGGCCUUCCACGAGUACCGCUUCGACUGGUCCCCCGGCCGUGUCGCUUUCUACGCCGACUCCUACUGCCUCCACAUCAUGAACGUCUCCAUCCCCAAUUCCCCGGGCGAUCUCGUGCUCAACCACUGGAGCAACGGCGACCCCAAGUGGUCGGGCGGCCCGCCGGCCGCAGACACCGCCGUCACGGUCUCCUACGUGAAGGCGUACUUCAACUCGACUGAUCCUGCGAAGCAGGCAGACUAUCGCAAGCGCUGCCCGACCUACAACGUGAAGAAGACGUGCGCGGUCCCGGAGCAGCGCGACCCGCCGGAUCCCGCGGGCCCGAACGGGAACGAGACAGCCAAGACGUACUUUUUCUCGCUGGAUCACCCGCCUGCGACGAGUGGCUGUAGGGCGCAUGGCAUGGGGGUUGCUUUCGCGGUUUUGGUGGUGGUGCUGAGUACCGUGCGAGCAGUUCGGUUGUUGAGGUGGGUUUGUGGGAUAGCAUGGUGAGUAUGCUGGACGGUAGGGUGCGGGUUAUUGUUUCGUCUCACUGCUUAUUCUCUUUUAUAAUGUGGAGGAAGCUGGGGG